UCUCUCACUCACUCACACACUCACACACACUCACACACACACCCACACUCACCAGCAGUGGAACUUUGAGCCCCAGGUGGACGGAUAAAGCUGUGAAGCAGAGAGGGACACAGCACUUGAAAGGCAAAAGGAGUUGAAAGAGAAGAGGAAAGAAACAGAGGAACACAGAUACCUGUGUGUGUUUUUGCUGAACUUGUUGAAGAGCUCGUGAGCAUGUACGGUUAGGAUGGUGCUGCAAUCGAGUUCCAGCAGGGGAGCCUUGCUCAAGUUCGUGACCCCAGCGUGACCUCCGCACAUGAUGGGCGAGACUGGGAAGAUGGCGAAGCCGUGCAUGGGCCUGGUGCUGGUUGAGUUCGGGUACGAGUACGAGAACCAAGAUGGCUGCAGGGUGUCCAUCAAACCCAAUGAGAGGUACACACUCCUGGCCAAGACCAACGACCACUGGUGGCACGUACGCAAAGACGAGAGCACCAAGCCUUUCUACAUCCCUGCCAAAUACGUGAAAGAGCUACCGUCUAGUUUUCCUUCGCCGCUUGACUUUGUUGAUGCCCCUGCCCCCAAGCCAACGCCUCCCAGUGUUUCUGACCUCGUAGAGAAGACCAAGUCCAAUGAGGUAACCAUCAGGACACGCUCUCCAGGAAACCAUCGCAAGACAGAGAACCGCAUGUCCACGUUCGGUGUCCCAUUGGACAUGCACGAGCCUCCGUCAUACAUGUACGGAGGUUUAGCAGACCCCGUCAUUUCCCUACAGCCAGUCUCGAUUUCGGUAGCGGCGAAGCACAAGAGACUCAGUCUCGCGGCAAACUUUUUAUUGGCCUCCCAGGAGGCAUCACAGAAGCCUCGUGCGCCGAGCCUGAGCCCCGCUGAAUUGCUGCUUCGCCAGGCCAAACCUGUGGAGCCACCGGUACUCAAGAACCUGAUCGACACCAGGCCUCAGGGGCUGCUGAUAAAGCCUGAGCCGCUCAUCGAGCCAGAGGAGGAGUCCAGCCCGGUGCAGACGCCUUCCUCGGACUCGGAGAACAUUUAUGAAACCAUAUCGGAUUUGAACCUGGAUGAUUUGGUGAAGACAGAACCUGCUGCUCAGCAUGACCCUCCUCAGAGUCCACCCUCAUCUGCACUGCAGGGAAAGCAGGAGCGUGAGAACCCCAAUAUGGCGGUGUAUGCUAACGUGACUGAGCUGAAGAAGCUCGCGAAUCGCGUACCUCCUACGUCCACCUCCACCUGCUCAUCUCCUGGCCUCUCCCUCAGCCCGGCUCCAGACUCACCUCAAUGGGAGGAGCGACCUGGAGAUGAUCAGGACAGCGGCAAGAUGUUCUACCCUGCAGCACACCGUCAGAGCCCCACUCUACCUGCAGCCAUGGAUGCCUCGGCUUUGCUCAGCCCAGCUCCGUCCGUGUCCGCUCCGUCCUCGCUGCCUCCGACUGUCUCGCAGGGAUCAGACUGGGAGCAGCUCGUAGACGACAACUCAGGGAGACCUUACUACUUCAGCGCCACGCUGAAUCAGACGUCAUGGGACGCUCCCGAGCCGAUCAGCCCUCAGCCGGAACGACUGCCCCCUUUACCAAAGGAGGAUUACCCCAAAACUGAGCGAGAGGCUCAGGCCGCCCCACUGCCUCCGGUCAAACUGCCCGUCCUGCCUCGGGUCACUCUGGACCCCGGAACGCCGGUACCGACUGGCUGGAGCUGCUCCACAGAGCCUGGAGGAAAAGCAGUCUUCACCAAUGACCACACACAACAGCAGUGGAUCCAGUCGAAGGACGAGACCGGCAAGACGUAUUACUACUUAAAGGACGGCUCUGUGUCUCUGUGGAAUCUUCCGGAGGUGUCCGUGUUAGGGAACGGGACGGAGCAGGAAGGACAGUCUGUCCUGAAGAACUGGAGACCCGUCCCACAGGAGGACAUGCAGAAGUUUUUCCCGUCUCACCGCAGGGUUGCUUCUGACUACAGCAUCGAUUCAUCGAGCACGGGGAAUUCACCAGACCUUCCUCAGGAGGACAACCUGAGGCCGAGGAGGAAUCUGUCCAGCACGGACGCGCACCUCCCCCACCUCCACCACCCUCACCACCAUGCUUCAAUGCUGGAGAAGGCCGGCAUUCUCAACAAGACCAAGAUAGCGGAUAACGGGAAGAAGCUGAGGAAGAACUGGACUCAGUCGUGGACCGUACUUCAUGGGGGAAUUCUCACCUUUUACAAAGAUCCCAAAUCCACUCCGGGUGGGAAUGUGACUAAGACUAAUCAGAUCAUCCCGGAGUUCACAGUGGAGCUGAAAGCUGCUUCAGUCGGCUGGGCGUCCAAGGACAAAUCCAGCAAGAAGAACGUCCUGGAGCUAAAGACUCGUCAAGGCUCAGACUAUCUGAUACAAUACGACACGGACAGCAUCAUCCACGACUGGCACAAGAUCAUCCAGGACACCAUUAAACACCUGGAUCAUGAACAUUACACAGAUGAAGAGGACGAUGAGGUCAUGGAGAAAUCACUCCAGCCUGUAGAGAGAGAGAGGAAGAACACCACGACGAGGCAGAGCUCAGGCGCGGCGGAUUCUGAGCAGGGCCGCGUUCGGGUCAAACUACGCAAGUUCCUCCAGAGGAGACCUACGCUGCAGGCGGUCAAGGAGAAAGGCUACAUCAAAGACAGCGUGUUUGGCUGUCACUUGGACACCCUGUGUCACCGGGAGAACACCACCGUCCCAAGAUUUGUGGAGAAAUGUAUAAAGUCCGUGGAGAGGAGAGGAUUAAACAUCGACGGGAUCUACCGAGUGAGCGGGAACCUGGCGGUCAUCCAGAAGCUCCGGCACAGGGCCGAUCACGAGGAGGACCUGGAUCUGGAUGAUGGUCAGUGGGAGGAGAUUCAUGUCAUCACUGGAGCGCUGAAGCUCUUCUUCAGGGAGCUUCCCGAGCCGCUGUUCCCCUUCAGCUUCUUCGACAAGUUCAUCGCCGCCAUCCGAAUCAGCGAUCCGAUUCAGAGGGUGUCGUAUAUGCAGGACUUGGUGCGAGCUUUGCCUUUACCCAACCACAACACCAUGGAAGUGCUUUUCAGACACCUACGCAAGGUGGUUGAACACACCGAUUCGAACCGGAUGUCGUUCCAGAGCAUGGCCAUAGUCUUCGGUCCUACUCUGCUCCGGCCCGAGGUAGAGUCCGGAAACAUGGCCGUCCACAUGGUCUUCCAGAACCAGAUCGUGGAGCUCAUCCUCAGCAAGUACAAUGAAGUUUUCUCUGCCAGAUGAGCCGUUCAGCCUGAGUGAUGCACCUGAGACUGUGGACUGCUGGACUGAGCUUUCAGCGGACUCUGUGGAUCUAAAACGUUCUUCUGCGCACACUCAGGCUAAAGCUCAUUAACUCUACGUGUGGAUUUCCUGUGGAAUCAGAACCAGGAGGCCGCGACGGAUUGCACAGCACUCACAGGCUUUUUUUUUUGUUUGGUUGGAUUAGCCACUGGAUUAGUAUGGGUUAUCCGAACACGGACUUCAGAUGGUCAUUCAGAUCCACAGUCUUGGGUGUCUUGGAUGGGGACUCUAAAAAUUUACUCUCGACAAAAAAAAAAACGUCUGGUGAAGACCGAUACAGGACGUGCUCGAUGUGUUUAACCUCCGCCUGGAUUCCCACCUCAGCAAGUGUUUGUAUAGAAAUUGCCAGCGGGGUAUUUUAUUUCAUGUCAGUAUCUAGACUUGGCUUGUAUAAUAUAGUGCAGUGAUUCUAUUUUUUAAUGGAAAACGAUUAAAUAAGCGAUUUAAUCACCCAGAACUGCUAGCCUAAAAAAAAGAAAAAAAACAGCAAAACAUGCGUUUCCAGCACUUCAGGAUUAGAGGA